UGUUCACCAUGCUCUCCAGUGCUGAUGGCGAUCUAAUAGAGCUGCAGCUGAUCUGUUUGAACGGUGAAGGAUGUACGCUAAGCGUCAGCCCUUCCACUCUGGGCCGGAGGGUACGUAAGAUGGUCUUGGAACAACUUCCAAAGAGAGGUGCAAAGCCUGUGCUCCACUGGAACGCUUCAGAAUUGUUGCUCCACAAGACGUUGCGGGAGCAAGGCAUUGUGGGUAAAAGUGCGAUAUUGUCGUGCACUUUUCUUCCCACAGAUCUACAUGCUGCAUGGUGUUACCUCCAAGGACUCCCUGUGGCUGAGGAAGGUUUUGCGUUGGAAGGGCUGACGAGGAUUGAAGGUACAGACUCAGGUGGUUAUUUGUACCAUCUUCCAAAAAGCCUCGAAAGUUUGAUUCUUGGCGACAAGUUCGAUGUGACCCUUCAAGGAGUGAGCCUGCCAAACACUCUGCAAAACUUGACCUUUGGUGCCAGGUUCGACCAAAGUCUCGAGCGUGUGAACUUGCCAAGAAAUCUGCAAACAUUGACGUUUGGCGACUGGUUUAACCAGAGCCUAAAAGGAGUGGCCUUGCCAAGCACUUUGCAAAGCCUGACUUUCGGUGAUGGCUUCGUUCAGAGUCUCGCAGAGGUGUCGUUGCCAAACAAUUUGCGAAGCUUGAAAUUUGGGUGCAAGUUCAACCAGAAUCUUGAGCACGUCACCUUCCCAAGCAGUUUGCAAGAUUUGACCUUUGGCAUUUGUUUCGACCAGUCCCUUGAGGACGUGAAGUGGCCAAGUAGUCUGCAAUGCCUGACAUUUGGUGACUGGUUUAACCAGAGCCUGGGAGGAGUUGCCUUGCCCAGCAGUUUGCAAUGCCUUACUCUCGGGAAGAACUUUAACCAGAGUCUGGCAGGGGUGACAUUCCCAAGCAGUCUGGAAAGCUUGACCUUUGGUUGGCACUUCAACCAAAGCCUUGAAGGAGUGACAUUUCCAAGCAGCCUGCAAAACUUAAAAUUUGGUUGGCACUUCAACCAAAGUCUUGACACUGUGACGCUGCCAAGCACACUGCAAAGCCUGACCUUAGGUUUCAUGUUCAACCAGAGCAUCGAAGGAGUCAGCUCACUAAGGAAUCUGCAAAGACUGAAAUGUGGGGAGAAGUUCAACCAGAGCUUUGAAGGAGUUUCGUUCCCAAGCAGCCUGCAAAGCUUCACUCUAUGUAGCAAGUGCCUCCAGAGUUUUGAACGAAUAGCCUUGCCAAGGACUCUGCUCUCCUUGACUUUUGGUUAUGAAUUUAACCAGAGCCUUGAAGGUGUGACUCUGCCGAGCACUUUGCAAAGCUUAAAAUUUGGUCAGAUGUUCAACCAGAGUCUUGAGCAAGUAAGCUUGCCAAGCAGUCUGCAAAGCUUGGAAUUUGGUGAGAUGUUCAACCAGAACCUUGAAGGGGUAGCCCUGCCAAACUCUUUGCAAAGCUUGAAAUUUGGUGGAAGGUUUCGGCAGAACCUCGCGCGGAUCAACCUACCAGGCAACUUGCAGAAUUUGACUCUCGGUUCUGGCUUGAACCAGAGCCUUGAAGGUGUGACCUUGCCUAGGAACCUACGAAGCUUGAACUUCGGUGACAAGUUUAAUCAAAGCCUUGACCGUGUAAGCUUGCCACACAGCCUGGAAAGCUUGACCUUCGGCUUCUGGUUCAACCAGAACCUUGACAGGGCCACCUUGCCGAGCCGUUUGCAAAGCUUGAAGUUCGGCGUGAUGUUUAACCAGAGCCUGGAACACACGACCUUGCCACGUGGCUUGCAGAGCUUAACCUUCGGACAUGACUUUAAUCAGAGCCUUGACCGAGUGAACUUGCCAAAGAAUCUGCAAAGCUUGGCUUUCGGUGCGGAUUUCAACCACAGCCUUGAAGGCGCGAGCUUCCCCCACCUGCGAAGCUUGACGCUGGGUCAGGGGGUCAAACUUUCCACCCAGUGACAAAAAUUUAACCUGGACCCUGCGAAGCAGUGUUCACGUUGAUUGUCGAGAAAUCUUUGCAUAUCUGAUAGCACAAUGAGCACAUCAUGUG